CGACUAACAAGAACCAACUGCCGCGGAACUGCGGGGAGCCCUACCACGGCUAUUUCAUCAUUUAUUGAUAAUUAUCAGUAUAUAAUAUACUUCUCUUCUAUUAUCCUGAGUACUAGGUAUCUUCUUGUAAAGUCUCGUUUUAUGUAAUUGGCUGAAGUCAGCCCCUCCCGUGACAUCCGCAACUACUUUACUUACAAAUUAUCCGCAGUUGACACCCCUCACUCUUAUCAAUCUUUGACUUCAACUAUACCUUAGCAUUUCCACUGUCCACUAUAUUGGUUUCUCAUCUUUACUUAUAAUUCUAUCUCCAUACGCGGACAUACGAGUAGCCAUCUCAAUCAUGCUUGGGCCACCAGUCAACCUUCCGAAGUGGCUUGAAGAAAACUCCCAUCUACUACAACCCCCUAUCAACAAUUACUGUGUCUACAAUGAAGACUUCAGUGUCAUGAUCGUUGGUGGUCCAAAUGCCCGCACUGACUACCACAUCAAUCAAACUCCCGAGUGGUUCUACCAAUACAAAGGUGCAAUGAUGCUCAAAGUCGUCGACGAGGGGGAAUUCCGUGACAUCAUCAUCCGUGAAGGUGAUAUGUUUCUCUUACCUGGAAACACACCGCACAACCCAGUCCGCUUCGCGAACACAGUUGGAGUCGUCCUAGAGCAGCGUCGUCCAAAGGACUCACUCGAUCGUAUGCGUUGGUACUGCGGUGACUGUGGUGAGAUUGUUCACGAGGCCGCAUUUCAUUGCACCGACCUUGGCACUCAAAUUAAAGCGGCGGUUCAAGACUUUAAGAGCAGUGAGGACAAGAGGACUUGUUCCAAGUGUGGUACUAUGGCUGAUGCGGCACCGAAGCCGGGCACUAUUCAGGAUCCUAAUCUGGCGUGAUCCAUCAAAAUGUAGCAAAAGUUUGUAUAAAAAGGUCAAAGGGGCGGCGCAUGGGUAUGAAAUGUGGUGAUGUAGUAGUAGUUGCAGAAAAAUACCUCUCAUGUCUUGAUAUUCUACACACUCAUGUCGAAAGUUCUUACUAAGA